CCGGGCCGGGCCGGGCGGCAGCGCGGAGGGAAGGCGGGUGGGUGUGUCGUGCGGGAUGCGCGGGUGGCGGGGCCGGUGGGUGCGCGCGGGGCUGGGCCUGUACGGGCUGCUGUCGCUCUACGCCGCCUACAGCCUCUUCUUCGCCAACCCCGGGCCCCGCAGGGCGCCGCGGGACCGGACCCGGACACCGCCCCGCACCCGGACCCCCAUCCGGACUCACCCAGACUAUGCUUCUCUGACAAGUGAUGAAUGGAAUCCUUGGGAAGGAGAUGAAAAACUGGAGCAGAUCGCUUCCCAACACAGAUAUGAAAGUAACCUUCAGAGGCUAAAAGAUCAGAAAUUUCAGGAUGAACCAGCGGACCUCAGGGUGCAGAUAUGGGGCAAAGCUGCAAUUGGUCUUUAUCUGUGGCAACAUAUCUUUGAAGGCCCGCUAGAACCUACCGAUGUCAAAGCUCAGUGGAGAGAAGGCAAUUUGAAGGCAGGAAGAACACACUUCAGUUUCAUCACGGGUCCUGCUGUAGCCCCAGGUUACUUUUCUGUGGAAGUGGAGAACGUGGUCCUGGUUUUAAAUGGCCGAGAAGAAACGAAGAUCUCCUUUGCCACCCAGUGGCUGUUGUACAUAAAGACGUUGAUCCAAGCUCAGAAGCUGCAGCACGUUGCGGUCGUAUUACUUGGAAACGAACAGUGCAAUAAUGACUGGAUUAGUCCAUACCUCAGAAGCCAUGGAGGGUUUGUGGAUCUGCUCUUCAUAACGUAUGACAACCCCUGGGUUAAUGACCAAGAUGUUUUCCAGUGGCCCUUAGGAGUAGCAACUUACAGAAAUUUUCCAGUGGUGGAUCCCAGUUGGUCAAUGCUACAUGAGGAACGAUCAUAUUUAUGUAAUUUCUUGGGAACCCUUUAUGCAAAUUCAUCCAGAGAGAGUUUAAUGGAAAUUCUGAAACAUGAUGGAAAUGAUAAACGUUGUUGGGUUACUGGCAGACAACAGUGGCAGCCUCAAGAAACAAAUGAAAGUUUUCAAAACUAUCAAGACGCACUACUUCAGAGUGACCUCACGUUGUGCCCUGUGGGAGUGAAUACCGAGUGCUACCGAGUGUACGAAGCCUGCUCCUAUGCUUCGGUGCCCGUCAUAGAAGACGUCAUGACCCCGGGAAAUUGUGGAAAUACAUCUUCGUCCCAAAGGGCUCCGCUGCAAUUACUUAAGACCAUGGGGGCUCCGUUCAUCUUUAUUAAAAACUGGAAAGAACUGCCUGCUGUUUUAGAGAGAGAAAAAAAGAUGAGUUUGCAAGAAAAGAUUCAGAGGAGAAAAAAGCUGAUUGGAUGGUAUCAGCAUUUCAGAGCACAGCUGAAACUGAAAUUUAUUAAUGCCUUGGAAAACUCAUUUUUGGCAAAGGAGAACAGAGGUUAAUGAUUAAUCGUCCACUUGUGAAGCUUUCAGAUUUGAGUGAACACUGCGUGCGUGUGUCUUUGUAUGUGGGGGGUGGGUUGGGAAGUUAAAGCGUUUGUGCAUCCUAAGCUAUAUUCAAAUUUCAGGGGGCUUCUGUCUCAAUUGAAUGAGGUAGACCCCUGACCUUUAGCACCAUAGCUUGGUUGGUUACCCAUCUACCUUAUUUAUGACUCUUAAAUCAUGCCAUUGUAAGAUUUAGUAAAAUCAGUUUUCCUUUAGGCUCCAGAA